GUUGGGGUCGGCUUCCGGUCAUGGCGGGAUGUUUUGAAGAGGAAGCUACCGGUAGUGUUGGUGUAGAGUUAACCAGUGGAGAUGCAGAGGUCUGUGUCCAGUCUGUCUCUGAGUCCCGGUGUGAAGAUGAAACUGGUCAACGCUGGUUUCCAGUUCACCGCAGACCUGCUGCACCUCAAACCACUACAACUCAGCAAAGAGGCCAGUCUGUCCCAGCAGGAGGCGCUGGAGGUUCUGCAGACUGUGAGGAAAGAGGGAGCAGGAGGUGAUGGAGCAGCAGGAGGAGGAGGAGGAGGAGGAGGAGGUGGAGGAGCGUCAGCCUCUCUGACUGCUCUGGAGCUCCUGCAGAAGGAAGAGGAACUGAGGAGCAUCGUGACGUUCUCCUCUCAGCUGGACGCUGCUCUCGGAGGAGGACUUCCUGUCGGGAAAACAACCGAAAUCUGUGGAGCUCCAGGAGUCGGAAAAACACAACUAUGCCUGCAGCUGGCGGUGGACGUUCAGGUGCCUCAGUGUUUCGGGGGGGUCGGAGGUCAGGCGGUCUACAUCGACACUGAGGGCAGCUUCCAGCUUCAGAGAGUCGUCGACAUCGCCACCGCCGUCGUCCAACACUGCUCCUUAUUGAUCGAGGACGAAGAGCAACGAGUCGCCAUGACGACCUUCACCGUUGAAUCCAUCCUGUCCAACAUGUUCCUGGUGCGUUGCCAUGAUUACGUGGAGCUGCUCGCCGAGCUCCAUCUGUUGCCUGACUUCCUGUCUGACCACCCAAAGGUCCGCCUCCUGGUGAUUGACAGCGUGGCUUUUCCGUUCCGGCAGCACUUUGACGAGCUGUCGCAGAGGACACGCCUCCUCAACGGCCUCGCCCAGCAGCUCAUCGCCAUGGCAACCAGUCACAGCAUCGCCGUGAUGAUAACCAACCAGAUGACCACCCGGCUGCAGGGUGGCCAAUCACAGCUGGUUCCCGCCCUCGGGGAGAGCUGGGGCCACGCCCCCACCAUCCGGCUCCUCCUACACUGGGCGGGGUCACGGCGGCUGGCGGACAUUUUUAAAUCUCCAGAUCACAGGGGGGCCACCGUUCAAUACCAGAUCACCUCUGAGGGAUUCAGAGACGUCGAACAAUCAGAGCAGCCGCCGAGCAAACGACCCCGGACACAAUCCGUCGAAUCAGCGGCCAGCCAGAGAGACAAUAGCCGCUGAUUGGUCAGAGACCUGAGAGUGACCCUGAUGAACACGUUUAGAGAUAUUCAGUGAAACUCUUUCAGAUUGGAGCGUGAAGCUCAAAUUAAAUGUUCUGUAAUAUUUACGGAUUUAAAUAAAGUUCAGUGAAACA